GAACUCGCGGCGGCGGAGUCCCCUCAGGCUGGGUGGGUGCUGGCUCCUUCGUUUAUUUCUUCAUUCUUCUUUAUUUUUCGGCUUGUUUGGGGGUUGUUGGCUGCCGACUUCGGGCUGGGGCCGCCUCAGGGGCUGCGAACCCCGAGCGGGGCUGGGGGGGCCCUCUCCCUCAUCCCUCUUUUCCCCCUUUUCUCCCUCUCUCUCUCUCAGCCCUUUCUCCCCUCUUUUCCCCUCGUUUCUUUCCGGGAUCCGACCCCUGAGGGACCGAUCACCCGUUCUGGGGGAACCCCGCUGCUUUCCUACGGAUAUGUGGGGGAAAAGGGCAUUCCGCCGCCCCCCGGGCUGUGCCGCUGCCGGGGCUUUGCGGGAGGGCUUCGGGAAGGGCGAAGGCGUCGACCCGAAGGGAUUCGUUUGUGCGGGAUGGGGAGAAGGACCCGGCGACAAAUCGUUCCUAAAACGUGUGCGGAGGGUUUGGGCGGGGUGUCAGCCGCUUGUUUAUUCCCUGCUUCUCGGGUAGAGCGGCUGCGGUGCUUCGCUGUCGGUGCCCGGGCUCGCUCGGGGCUGAGCGGUGCCCCUGAGCCCAGCGUGGCCGGGGAAGGGACAGGGGAUGCUGCCCACCCACCCUGCCCCGCUCCGGGGCUGAGCAGUCCCGAGUUCUGUGCUUUUCCGCCUGUUUUUCGGCUCAAAUCGCACGUAUGAGGCAGGUUGGGCUGAGUUCUUCCACCUCUGGUGGGAUUUUCGGCUGUUUUGCAGAGUACUUCUUUGGAAUGUUUUUUUUUUUUUUUUUCUUCCCCCCUUUCUUUUCAGUGGGUCUGCAGAAAGCUGUGGAUGGAUGGUGUUGUUCCAUUCCCCUCGUGUGGGGGACAAAAUGCUUUUUUGGGGGUGGGGAGGGAAGAAGGAAGAGGAAAAUAAAGGCUGUAAGCACGCUGCCCGUGGGGUCGGGUGUAUCUUAAUUUGUUCUCCUGCUCGUUGGGACUACAGAUCAGUGGAUUUAAGUACAGAACGCACGUGAGCUGAAGCUGGGAAGGUUUAAACUUUGCAGGGAGGAAAAGUGCUAACCUGACGGCCAGGGCUUGGCAAUGUGGGGGUGGAUCUGCUGGACACCGGCUGUGUGCCCUCAGUCCAACUCUAUAGGGAUGGAGGGGAAGGAAAGUGGGGGAAAAACUACAAUUUGCCUGUAAGACAGCAUGUAAAAGACAUUGUAUUGGAGAAGGGAAAACUGAUGGAGAAAGGCUUGGUGCUGUGCAGACGGUCUGUGGGCUCCCAGAGUCCUGAAGUGCCUGCUUGCAUCCCGUGCAUUGAGGAGCUCAUUGCUGCAGGGCUCAUCGGGUACACUGCUUUCUUCCUGGGAUGGUGCGGCUGGUAUUUGAUUUCCUCCAUGGAUAGGAGAGGAGGAGUCCUGUGCAGUUCUUUUCCCCGAGAUGAUUGCAUUUUCUUUGGCCUUGCUGUACCCUGCCUCAUUAGUAGGAACUGCAUCUAUAUUUAUUUACCAUUACAUCGGGUCCCUCGAGAUGUCGGGUGUAGUUUGGAGUAGGUAUAUAUGGAUUUAUCACUCUCAACAUUUUUUUUCCUCUUGUCAUGCUACGGCCAAAUCGUUCAACAGCAGGGAACAAACUUAAUUUAUUUCUGCGUUUUGCAUCUCCCUUUUUGCCAUUUCUCUUCCAAAUUGCUAAGAAAACAUUGCUGAGGCACAGGUGGGGGAGGGAAGUAGGAGAGAAGUGAGAAACGGAUGGGAUAUAGCAGUGUAGGGAUGUGUUUGUUAGCUGCAUGUUCUAAGACCUGUGUGAAAGAGCGGUGCUUGAUGCUGUAUCAGCUAACGGGGGUUUGGGAAUGCUUUUUUCCCUUCUGUGAAGAUUAUUCUUCAGCCCCAUGACAGCCACAACUUUUCUGUAUGGUUGACGGGAUUGUCUGACGAGCCUGGGCGUGAGAUGAGGAACAGGGGAGGAACAAGGAACUUGUGUCUGCUCAGCUCUGCCUGCUCUUCCUCCUAUCGUUCCUUCAGCACAGCGCAGGCACCCGAACAGGCAUCAGCAUUUUUACUCCUGUGUCAUCCAACUCUGUUCAGAGCAGGUCUAGACGACAUUGUGGUAUGCAGACUGCCAGCUGUGUUACAGGAAUGCUACCAGAGGUGAAAUUGCAGGGUAUUUAAAGAAUGUCGAGCCUUGCAAGGAAAGGGUUGGAAAGCUUCGUCUAAACAGCACCUCCCUGACGUCUGAUACUAUCUCGGAGCAGCCUCUGACAAGUGAACCCUCUCAUUGAAAUCAUAAUGGUGAAUAACACUGAAGACCCCCAAGAGGCUUUAUAACGUCCCAUCCCCAUGUAAAGUAUGCUCAGAACUUUUCCAGUAGUCCUGCUGGAAACCAUGUCUCACUACACAGACGAACCAAGAUUUACCAUAGAGCAGAUAGACCUGCUUCAGCGCCUGAGACGUACAGGAAUGACCAGACAUGAAAUCCUCCAUGCGCUGGAAACCUUGGAUCGUCUUGAUCAAGAGCAUAGUGACAAAUUUGGAAGAAGGUCUAGCUAUGGAGGUGGUUCCUACAGCAACAGUACCAACAACGUCCCAGCAUCUUCCUCGACAGCCACAGCUUCAACACAGACCCAGCAUUCUGGGAUGUCCCCAUCACCAAGCAACAGUUACGACACCUCCCCACAGCCUUGCACUACUAAUCAGAAUGGGAGGGAGAGUAACGAGAGGUUGUCUGCAUUCAAUGGGAAGAUGUCACCCACCCGCUACCCACUAGCAAACAGCUUGGCUCAAAGGUCUUACAGUUUUGAAGCUUCUGAAGAAGACUUGGACAUCGAUGACAAAGUGGAGGAACUGAUGAGGAGGGACAGCAGUGUGAUAAAGGAGGAAAUCAAAGCCUUCCUAGCCAAUCGGAGGAUUUCCCAAGCAGUUGUUGCACAGGUAACAGGUAUCAGUCAGAGCCGGAUCUCACAUUGGCUUUUGCAGCAGGGGUCAGACUUGAGUGAACAAAAGAAAAGGGCAUUUUACAGAUGGUACCAGCUUGAGAAGACAAAUCCUGGGGCCACGUUAAGCAUGCGACCCGCUCCCAUCCCAAUAGAAGAGCCAGAAUGGAGACAGACGCCUCCCCCAGUCACAGCUACCUCUGGGACCUUCAGACUACGGCGAGGCAGUCGGUUCACAUGGAGAAAGGAAUGCCUGGCUGUGAUGGAAAGUUACUUCAAUGAGAAUCAAUAUCCUGACGAGGCAAAGAGAGAAGAAAUUGCCAACGCCUGUAAUGCAGUUAUACAAAAGCCAGGAAAAAAGUUAUCAGAUCUGGAGCGAGUUACCUCCCUUAAAGUGUACAACUGGUUUGCCAACAGAAGAAAGGAAAUCAAGAGACGAGCCAAUAUCGAAGCAGCAAUCCUGGAGAGCCAUGGAAUAGAUGUACAGAGCCCGGGAGGUCAUUCCAACAGCGACGACGUUGAUGGCAAUGACUACUCAGAGCAGGACACUUGGCAAGUACGCAAUGGGGAGGAGGAGGGAAGAUGUUCAGAGGGAGGCAGAGAAGCAGAGAAGGUAGAAGAAGACAGGAGGAUCUGCUCCAAACAAGCAAGUUACACCAUUCACGCCACACGCAAUGAUGACAGCACUAGCCAUAGUGACCAUCAGGACCCCAUUUCAUUAGCCGUGGAAAUGGCAGCGGUAAACCACACCAUCUUGGCAUUGGCCCGGCAAGGAGCCAACGAGAUCAAGACAGAGGCUCUAGACGACGACUGAUAUAAAGAAGGGGGAGGGUCGAAGCAAGAAGUAACUUAGUUUUAGACGUAGCACCUUAGCAGACUUUCCUCGGUCCUUAAUAUGUGUUCUUACAGUAUAACUUUGCAGUUUCUUGUACGUCAGUUAGCUGUUAGGGUCUUGUUCUGUGAAGAUGGCAUGGUGCCCUCAGCCUUUGCGUAUACUCUCUCAGUAUUAAUUCCCAAUAAAUAAUCAAUCAACCAACCAACCUCCCUCUCCCAGCCCCAGUGGCUAGAAAAAUCUUGCUGCUCUAUCUUAGCAUUCAAAGUGCUUCCAGGUAUUUUAGACAGUCCUCAAUUACAAGUCUUAGGCUACACUUAAAAUCUUGGAUACCUUUAGAGAUUGUGUAAAAAUAGUCUGUACGCUUUUCCUUCUCUGAGACUGAAAGGAUGCAAGCUGAGGUAGUGGCACAGGGUCGAUGGACACCAGACUGGGAGUAUCAACAGAGAGUAAAAAGAACACUAGAAACCCCACUUCAGCUGAUUCAGAUUUCCAGCUGCAAUAAGCUGUGCCUCACUGGUCAUACAGUGACUUGAUAUACUUUUGGGUGCUGUGCUGAGAAUGUCCAUUGGAGACACAUUCACAUAUUUCAGUUGAUGUUCACAUAUUCAACACAGACAUCCUCUACUCACAAGCUGCGUGGCUUAGUGGAUAAGUACUGCCUUCUGCCUCUGGGACCAUGAUUGAAGCCCAGCCUGGGAUCAUAUGAAAAAUGAGCUGAAUGUCUAAUGGACAACAGUCCACCUCUCAAAACCACUAUUCAUUAUUUGGCAUGGCUUAUAGUGCCUGCUCAGAAGAGGUCUAGACUCUAUUGAUCUGUCACUAACAAUUUCACUUUUUAUUCUUCCUUUUCUGUCCCCACCCUAUUCCCCUCUACACUUUGCCACUUUCAAAAGCAAUGUUUUCCAAGAAGGUUUUAAGGUCAUGAAACGGGUGAGUGAUUUUUUUUUACACGUCUGUGUAAGAAAUGCCUACAUCUAGCCUGAAAGGUUAUUUGAGAACUUUGACAUCUGACCUUUGCUAGUUAACCAUCAUAGCAUAAAUAUUCUCCUAAAUAAGAACUUUUGUCUUUGCUUAAAGGCAAGAGGAUCUCCUACCAGAGAAAUGGGGUGUGAAUGUUUUGUGUUCUCUUUACUCUGUCCUUGUUAAGAUGUGAGAAAGCUAUACGGCUACGAGCAAUUUAAUUAAUAAUUGGAAGCCAUACUGAUAAUGGAUGUGGUAAUAUUUGUAAAGCAAACCUACUUUAAGUAGCAGAAACUAAUGGAAUUGUUUUCCUUGAUCAUAUGUAGCACUUUUGUUACUUUUUUCUUAAAGAUAUUUAUAUUUGAUAAGUCUUUUUUUUAUCAUUUGAGAAUUCAAAAUGCCAAACAGCAAACUCGCAUUACAGAGUCACCCUGCGACCGCCUUGUCAUCUAGUAUCUAAAUGAUGAACUGUGUGCACAUCUAAGAAAAUUACAUCUGCUGGCAUUGUGUGGAAACGAUCUCCUGGCAUCCUGAUAAAAUGAUAUGCUGCUGCCGGUAAGAGGAACCAUCUCAAUGGAAACAGCACGGGAAGUGUUAGAGACAGGCAGGACUGUGUUACGUUAUAAAAAAAAACAAAAAAAAAAAAACAAAAAAAAAGCAAAACAGAAAAGGAAAAUGACAAAAAUAAAGAAGCUAUGUAAAUUUUUGUAUAUAGAUAUAUAAAAAUUUUCAUAGUGUUUCCAAAACAUUCCAUUUGUAUCUUCCCCAUUUAUGUGGGAAUAGCUGGAGAGGGGAAAAUGGCUUGAUUCGGAAGGAUGGUCUUCCUUCUCCUCUCAUCCACUUCUGAAGGUGGAGGGGACAAAGGGAAGUCACAGUUACUUGGUUCGUUCUCAUCCUCCCUUCCUCACGCACAGCUAUCAGACAACAUCGUGAGCUCCCCAGUGGUGGCUCCUCAGCAGGGUUUUAGGCAGCCUAAACCCAUUCAGGGCGUAGGCUAACUUAGAUCAUAUUCACAUCUGUUAAUCUCACCAGAAUUGCUUGGGUAAGUGCGGAGGAGAUUUUGUGCUUUCAGAGGGCACAGAUCUGGCACCUCUUUGUAACUUUGAAGAUAAAUAGGUAGGGCUUGGCCUCGUCUUUCGUUUAUGGAUUUCAUUGGAAAAUUUAUGUGCUUUCCCUAGGUAUAGAUCACUGAAGCAGAAUGAAGCAGUCUUUUUUCUGUUUUAUUGCAUUUCUUGAGUAGGCAAAUCUGUAAGUAGCAUCAGGGCAGACUCGGGGAAAACACAGAAUUGGAUCAGCUGCCGUUGCACCAUUGCAGUUUAUUUCUUAAUGUGUGUGUGAAUGGUUUGGUACAAGGAGUGAAAGGACAGGGAGAGCUUUUUUUGCCUAUUUUUGCACAGCAGAAUGAACAAGCAAACUAUAGCCUUAGUGGAAUUUUACCUUCUUAUUCAUACUGCAGUCACACACCAAGCUGACAAGCAACAUCCACGAUUUAUAGGAAGGAGAUUUUAAUAAUCGAUGGCCUCUUUAUGUUGGGAUUGCCACCACCAUUUGUCCUGGCUGUUUCAUUUUAAAAAGAACAGACUCAAACUGUUGGACAGCUGCAAUUUUAGAAGAAAUAUUGCUUACUAUAGCAUCUUGAGGGGAAAAAAAAGUCAUUGUUUCAAGCAUCGCCUUUUUAAAGCAAUAGGGGGGUAUAAAAAUCCAUAUUCUGAUUUUUGGUUCGUGUGAUGCAGGAUCAAAGGAACACCACUAAAACUGUGUGUCCAGACCAUCUGAUGUAGAAUAAUCUGACCAUAAUUCUAUCUGUCAGUGUCAGGUAGCUGCUGGUGUCAUCAGGCGUUGAUAUCCUGUAUGAAGAUUAAUCAGAUAAACCACUUGUGAACAGCUGGAGAUUGCCAGAUCCUCCUUGUCUGUAGCUUUUAAGGUAAAUACCAGUUUGCUGCUCUCUCACAUCGUCUCACCAGAGCAAACAACAAAUUACUUAACCAAGAAAUCAGUCAUGCUGAAAAAGAAAAAAGACAUUUGGUUCGUUUCAGGUUUCUGUCACCUUGGUUUGCACCUAUCUACAAGAGGAAUGAGGAAAGAGUCAGAUUCAGGGUGCGUGCAGCAGCCUGUCUCCUUUAUUCUGAAAGUUCAUAGCAGACAGUUUGCAGAUGAUUAGCAGCUUUCUGCUUUGACAGGAAUUAGCUUAAAUGGAAUAGGUGCUGGUGUGACGAUGUCAGAAGAGCUGCACCUGAUCUAGAGUAAUUGAAGGACUUGGUGCAGUGUGUGGCCUGUGAUUUAGACUUAUUUUUUGUGGGUUUUCUGCUGCAGUGUGGGAUGUUGUUUGUCUUUUUGUCUCUGGAUUUUCUUGAAAAUUAUCUUCUUGGUGGUGGUGGGUUUGGUUUUUUUCGGUCACGUUGCAGUUCAGUGGCAAGUUUGUUGUAGUCAACAUGGAGCUCCUGCAGUCUGUAUUGGGUUCCCUUGAAACAGGUCUGGUGGCAGACUAGGUCUACCUUUUUGUUCUGUGAAUAGGGAGGAAAUAAUUCAAGAUGUUCCUCUUCUGUGAUGGGCACAGAUUGCUUUUAACUUUGUAAAUUCUGGCUGUUAUUUUGUGGCUCAUGAAGUUCUUAUACUUGAGUUCUUGUCUCUAACAGUCUUCUUAAAACAACAAUUUCUACCUCUACUUGUUCUUUUGUUUUUGCUUUGAAUUCUCUAUGUCUUUUUCCUGAAGUCUGAAAUCCCAGAUAGUUACAAAAGCAUUAUGAGUUGAUAAAGGAAAUAAUAACAUAGCAGCAAGCAGACAUUAUUCAUUGACGGCCUAGAGUUGUAGAGACAUCUAAUACACUACAAGUAUAGAUAUUGUUAUAGUAUAAUCCCAUUACUCAUAUGUUGGACAUGAGCAGGUUGGUCAUGAGUCAGCAGUGCACCCUUGUAGUGAUAAAGGAAUUUCAUUAGGAAGAGCCAUUGGCAGAGCAAGGAAAGCAAUAAGUCCCCUCUGCUCUUCACUUCUGGGAGCCUAUCUGGAGUACUGUGGUCAGUUUUGGACAGGGGUAAGUCCAUCAUAAAGCUGCUGAGAUGAGAGGGUUGGAGCACAUGUCACGUAGUGGGAGUUUGAGAGAGCUGAGAUUGUUUGGAUUGGCUCUGGGGAGAUCUUAUUUUGCUCUUUAAUUGUUCUAAUCGGUAGUGAAUACAGUAUAGUGAAUGCAGAGCCAGGCUCUUCUCAGAGGUACAUAGAAAAAGAUUAGGAGCAGUGGGCUCAAAUUGCAUUAAGGAAAAUUCCGGAUGGAAUUUUCAGAGGAAUAUUUUCAUACUGAGGGUGGUAGAAGAGGGGUCAAGAAAGGCAGUGGAAAAAGGCAUCCUUGGGGAUAUCCAAAACUCAACUGGACAAGAUCUGGGGUUGGAUCAUAGACCUCCAGAGGUCUCUUCCGACCCAAAUUAUUCAUUGUAGGUUGCUCCAAAAGUAAUGCCUCCUGUUUAUUUCUAUGGAAACUACAACAGAUAUGAAGAGCACAAUAACACUAUUUGAUAGAAAAAAUUCUCAGCAAAAAACAAAACAUUGUUUUUCAGCAUAGCCACCACCAUUAGCUAUAUGUUUUUGCCAGUGAUGAAUAAGAGCCUGCAUACUGCACUUGUAAAAAUCCAUACCAGUGGAGGUGACCCCCUGUUUCACAGCUGCUGUGAUGGUAUUGUUGUUAGGAAGAUGUUGCCCAUGCAGUCCAUCUUUCAUCAGCCAGAAGAGAUGGAAGUUAGAUGGAAGGUGCCAAAUCUGGACUAUGCAGAGUGUCGUUGGACAGGCCAACCAAGAAUGGCAGUGUGCUCCAUGGUCUUCAAACUAACAUGGGUCCUGGUGUUAUCAUAUUGCAAGAGAAAGAUUGUCAUCUUCUCUGGCCUGACUCUGGAAGUUCAAGCCUUCAGCUUAGUCAGCGUUGUGAUGUAACAGUCUGAGUUGAUGGUUUACCCAGGUUCCAGGAAAUCCAGAAUGAUCCCCCCUUUCCUAUCCCAAAAGACUGUGCACAACACUUUACCCUCUGAGGGCUGUGUCCUGAAAGUUUUUCUCCAAUGAAAAAUUCACGUCACCAAUCCACGUGCUGCCAUUUUGACUCUGGCUCAUGGUGAUGGUACCACGUCUUGUCACUGAUGAUGCGAUCCAGGGAGCUCACCUUCAGACCUGUAUUGGUUCAAUAGGUCCUGACAAACUUGUGUUCUUUCUGUUCCUGUGUAAGCAUUCGUGGGACCUGUCUGCUGCAAACUUUGCAAUAUUCCAGCAUUGCCACCAUCACUGAAGCAGACAUUCACUCCAUGCACAGUUCUCUGAUUGUAAUCUGCCUGUUGGCACAGAUGAACUGAUCAAGAUGCUCUUUAUUGCAUAGUAUGGCAGCUGUGCAUGGCUGUCCAGAAUGUGGCUUGCCUUUCAUGUCACUGUCACCGCUGCUGAAGCACAUUGCCCACUGCCUCAUCGUGCGUACAUCCACUGUUUUGUCUCCAUAAAAGUUCAGCAAGCACUGAUGAAUGUCAGUGGGUGCUGUUUAUUCAUCAUGGAAGAAUCCAGUUCCACGCCUUUGUUUCACAUGCACUUCCAUGUCAGGCACCAUUCUGUCAGGCUGCCUCUAUGCUGCCAUCUAUCACACAGCAACAAAACAUAAUGGAAUAUUGGUGGGAAGAUUCAGCCUCUACUGCCAUCACACUGACAUCCACUUCUGAUGUUGUAGGCCAACAUCAUAAAAUAAGAGGCAUUACUUUUGGAGCAGCCCUUGCAUGAUUCUGUACAAACCUGCUCAGGUCAGGGAAUUUCCCAGUUCUCAUCUGUACAUGUUCACUUGUUUAAAGAAAUGCUGUUAUUUUGCCUGUUGUUAAAAAGUUCUGUCUUGUCCUAAUAUAGAUGAGCUUUAUUUGUAGAGUCUGGCUCCAGGUUCUAAUCAAGCCAUAAGGAAUAAAUCUCAUUAAUUAUUUGCUCUGUUUACACAGUUCUUCAGGGAUAUUUGAAUUAGUUUGUUUCGUUCUCUGGCUAACACUGAGCUGGUAAGUUCUCCGUGUUUUAAUAACGUUUGUGCUGUAGAUUCAUUUUUGCCUUCGAGAGGAAUUUUCACUGUCUUGCUGCUGUGAGUGUAGACUUGAAAAAUUUCACAUAGCUGAACAUACUAGAGGAGAAAUUGUACUCAACUUAAGCCCACUGUCGACUACUGUGAUAUGCUAAAAUUUUUUGGUUCAGUUAAUCUUCAAAUGAUGAUUGUCAGAAGAUUUAGUUUGGUAGCCUAGAUCUUCUGCACUUGCUUGGAGCCUCAUGUUAUUUCCUUAAGUGUUUGCUGUUGGCCAUUGCUAGACAAAAAAAUAAUAAUAGAAGAACAUACAAAGACAGAUUUGGGGUCUGAUUUGGAAGUUAUUUUAAAGAGAAGUCACCAUGGUGUUCACUAAUAUGGAGCAGCAUGAAGUCACUAUUCCAAGUGUCACUUCUGCCUUUGAGGUGCAGGGGAGCAUGGAGAUGAGUUCAAGAUUCUCAUAUCCCCUCUGUGGUGUAACAGUGAGAUGCUGCUUGCAAAGUAGAAUGCAAGCAUCGUGCUGGUAGGACAUCCACCAGGUCACUGAGUCAUGCAGAGAUACGGGGCACUGGUAACAGAGCAUCACUGUAUUUUUCACAUAGGUGAAACCACCAAACCAAAACUGAUAUAAGAGUUGCAACUCAAAAUUGCAGCCUCUAAAACAUUUAAUGUGGGGUUGUUUUUCACUGUGUGUGAUGUCAGGUCUGGAUUCACGCAUUUCACUGUAAAUUAUGAAGAUUCAGUACUGAGCAGUGGAUGUUUAGUAGGGGAAUAUUUUUUCCCCCUUUAUGCCUGGAAUUCUCUUCAUUUCAGAUCAAUUUCUUACCAGAAGUUUUCUGUUCCUCCGCCUGCUCCAGCUACAUCACUGAGGCCUCAUUCCCGUGGGUUCAUCAGCUUCUUUCAAGUUCAUUGGAUAAUUACCAGCAAAUUUCAGUGUCAAAAUAAGCUUUGCUCUUGUAUUAGACAGGGCUUCCCACCCAAGUAGCUCUUGCACUCUUUGAAGUUCUUUGACUUGGUAAUAUUAUUUUGAACAAAAUCUUCAGCUUGUAGGCAAUAAUGUUGAGUUUGACGUAGCAUUUCUCAUUUGGCAGGAAUCUUUAUUGACAGGAUUGGUCUUGAAAAAACUUGCUUUAUGUUAGUGACAUAACGUAUGCAUGUUCUUAUUACACAGCUGUAGGUCUUGUGUGUUUAAAUGCCUCGUAGGAGUAGGAGUGAUUUGGGAUUGUAUCACAAUCCUGGCUAACUGAAUUGAAAAGUUUGAGGAGUAACUUUUUCACUGUGACUUCUUGGGAGGGAAGGUGGAUGGCCUGACCACAGGUACCGUCCAGUUCCCAAGGAGAAGAGUUGCAGAGGAAGUUCAAAAUAAAGCUUUCCCCUUUUUGCAGCUGGGAUUUUUACUCAGGAUCUUGAAGCAGUUGUUGGCCAACGGGCAUUUGGCAAGCGGAAAAGCAUCACCCCAAACCCCUCAUUUUAGUGUCUAUUCAUGUUGCCUAAUAAAUGGGAUUAGAACUGUCCAAUUAAAGAUAUUGCACAUUGAAGGAAAAAAAAAGAAAAGAGGCAUUCUAGGGGCGACAGCUAUAAAUUCAAAUUUAAAACAUGCGAAAGAUAUUUUUCUCCAUUGUGAGAAUUGUGUUAUAACAAGAAAAGUGGAUGCAAUCAUCUUGAGGGCUGUCAGUAAGAGGACAGCAUUUUGAUGUUGGUUUUUGUCCAGCAAAUAUAAAUAAAAUUAAGUGAAUGAAAUUAUUCUCAGUUGCACCAGUGGAACAAAUGUAGGGAGAAAAAAAUCAAACCUCUCCAGAGUUGUUCGUUGCUAACCUUGGCCUUAGGUUUUAUCUCUUAAAAAUAGCUUGGAAUUGUUUGUUCAUGCCUAUUUUCAUGUUGCCAUCCAUUUGGCCGAGGUGAUGCAGUAGCAACAAUGGCAUUGACAUAGUUAUGACAAUCAGUACAAACUGUACUCGUUUUGCUAAGGUCCCUCUGUCACAUGCUCCUCAUGAAAAUACAGAUCAUACCCUAGCUCGUACUUGCUGGAACAAGUAAGCAAUUUUUUAAUUAUUAUUUUGAGAUGCAGUCUGUGAUGUUUGCGCUGCGCUUAUCAGUGUAGUACUUGGGUGAUGUGUCAUAGAGAUAGAAGAGGAUUUGCCAUUUUAGGUGUGUGGGGGAAAAACUCACGAAACAUAUUUUAAAUGCUCCCUUUAACCAAGCUCCCUUUAACCAGAUCAAGAAAACUGACUAAUUGGUUUGAGUACUGCAGUGUUGUGCUCUUCCUUGUUCUUUGCAGUGAGCUUUGGAGUGUUCCAGCCAACGGCUUCAGCACGAGGAAACCCAACUCGUGAAAGUGGAGCAAGCUGUGUAAUGGACCUUGAUGCUCUGUAUGUACAGUGCAUCCCACACUCAGCUGGCUUGGCACAAGGCUGUCUGCACCAUUUAUCCCCUAUUCUUGUUAAAUGGAAGCGAGUGCAUUCUGCUGAUCAAAACAUCCAGCAUGCUUCUGCUGAAUCCUUUCAGAAUGCAGGCAGGGUAAUUGGGAUGGGUAGAUAAAUGUGUAAGAGUAUGGCAGGAAAAGUAAUGGCAGCUCUUUCGAAUGGCUGGAUGUCCUCCUGACAUGUAAUUAGCUGCUUUAGAAAGAUGUGGAUUGGCAUGGUCAUAAUUAAAAGGAUUUCUGUCUUUCUGUGAUUGAAAACAGAAGAUCUUCCGCCCCCUAAUUUUCUUUAGUACCGGCAUUACUGGUGACAUUUGGAACAGCUAUACUUCGUAAACUUUAAUAAUGACCCGUUCCUAAUGGUAACUUCUAGCAGUAGGGGCUGAAACAGAGUUUAGUUUUUUAUGCAAAACUACUUCUCUUCCUUCUAUGCUUUUGGGUUUCUUUUCUGCUCGUGUAUUUAUUUCUUCUUAGUGAGUUUUAGAAAUAAAGCUAAUGUUUAAUUGUGUGACCGUGUGAUUACAGAUUACCCUGCGUUCUGGUUUAGCUCUUCUUGAUUUGUCACUUGGUUGUAGAGAUGAUAAAGAAGUUUAGCCGUAGUCUGGGAGUCCACUGAUCUGCUCAUGUUAUUUUCACCCUACCCACAGGUGGAGAACGCCAAUCUCAGUUAGCCUUCAGUUUCCACAUUGGCUCUUCUGUGCCACUUCAGCACAUCUUCUCUAUGGUCUCAGUUUGGAAUGAGUGGCAUCCCUGCCCAUGGCAGAGAGACAGAACUAGAUGGUCUGUAGGGUCCCUCCCAACCCAAGCCAUUCCAUGAUUCUGUGAUAUGAUAUGGGCUAACAUUACAAGCUAACUCACCUUUUUCUUAAGAAAUCUCAGAAGAGACUGCAGCUGGGUACUUGGCUGGACAUUAUCCUGCUGUACUGCAGGAGAGGAGCUGUGCUGGUGACCUACACUAACAUCAUAAUCUUUCCAUGAUAUAUUGCUGUAUUCUGCAAAAUCAUUUGUCAUGAUCAUUUGUGUGCCUUUCUGUUCUGUUUUUUGUGAAAAACAGUAUCUGUGGAUCUGCCUUUAGCCCUGCAGAGCUUGUGCUCCAUAUUUGCCUGUAAGCUUCUUGACUAUAUUCCAUAGUGAUACUGUCCUGCUGUAGCCACUUACGAGAUGAGUUUCUGAGGCUUUUUGGCGUAUAAAGAUGCAUAUAUAGACUUUGUAAAAUUUAGAGAAGAUAGCAGGUUCCUAACUGAAACAGAUUUGCAAAGAAAUUAGGAACUUAACUUAUUUAGGCUUUUACCUAAAUCCUUCAGUUACUUUUCAGCUUCUUUAUAGAGUUACUUCUGCAAAUCUCAUCCAUUGUCACUGUGGUUCAGAACAGACCUAUAAGUCUGGGGUACUUAGUUCUUCCAGUACCAUUGCCACUGGUGGUACUUAUACUCACAGUAGCAAUGGUAGGAAUUUCUUUGCUAGGACAGGAUUUUGUAGACACUAACUUGCUGCUGUUACUGGCCUCAAUUCAUCAUCCUAUCCUGCUCUCCCAUCCCUUCUCCUUAACUAAUUAAAGUCUUCCAUGUUAUGGCAAGAUGGCAUAUGUAGCUUAAAUAACCCACCUCUGUAAUGAAAAGGUUGCCACCAGCCAUCUGAGAUGUAUUUUACAUCAUUUGAGACUUAAAAACGCAUUUUACUGAAAGAUUUUAUCCAUCAAAUCACUCGAGACAAAGACAUGAUUAAAUUAUCAAUUAAUAUUUCUUACCCAAUAUAUUCCAGUAAGAAUAUUGAGCAUAUAUUGCAUUCCUCAAAGUACAUUUGACUUUGCAUUUUUUUAAUUGUUAUUGUGUUUUAAGUCUGCCUGCUGGUAACGUUGCUGCUAUCUGUCUCUAACAGUACUGUAGCGACAGUGCUGAAAAUGUCCUUCAGGAGCUAACCUGAGCCAAGAACUAAGAAUAUCAACUCGUUGACCAGUUUUUCCCAUACCAGGGUGCAAAUUUGUACUUCAUGGCAAGUAAGCAGAUCUUUUCAAGAUGAAACGACAGAGCUGCAUUUUGUUCCAAAGGUUUGAUAAGAUUUUGAUGUGAAAAGUAGCCAUGAGAGCAUUUCACCUUUCUGCAUCGCUCGGGUGGUCUGAGUUUAGAUGGAACUACAUGAGUUCUGAAUGGCUGGAUGAAGCAGAAUGGAGUUUGCAUCAGGCAUGGAAACUCAUGUAAUGUGCAGGGCCUCCUUUUAGUUGAUAGAUCAGUCCCUUCUGGCCUUAAUUGUUAAACUGUGAUUCCAAAGAGGUAGACUUCUGCUCUUACAGCUAUAACUUGUUCAUAGUAUUUAAUAAUUUGUAGAGAUUUGAGUAGUAGAGCAGUUCUCUACAGUAAAGGAACUCCUUUAAAAUGUAUGACUUUCCAUCAGAGGAAAUGUUGUGCCUUAUGUCUCUAAACCACAUCAAGUUCCACUUAUGUAUGAUAAAAACCUUUUUACACUUUGUAUUUCUGCCACGAUGAGAAUCCAGCGAACACUGUUUUGAUAGAAGGUGGUUUAUUGUAUGCUGCCAUAUUACUUAGAUUUGCUUCAAUAUCUUACAGAUUCUGCCCAUCUGUUCUACUGGAACAGCGAUACGUGCUUCCAUACUCAUCAAUGUUCAGCAGCUAUGGUAGCUCUGGAACAACAUCAUUCUCUUCAGCCAUUAUUUCUGCUUCUUAUAUACAAACAAAGAAGGACUCAACCAAAAUCCAGAGCAGGUCGAUCUGAAUUUCUAAUCCUAAAUUCGCUGUAUGAGCAUGUGGGUGCACGAAUCCCAGUCGUGGUGCUUUUUCACUGUUACCCAGGCACAUUCCACAUAAAAUCAUUUCACAUGAAAAAGUGUUGAUUGGUCGUGACCAUUUCCUGUAGCUGCAGUGCCUCAAGGAACUGUUCAUACAAAUGCUUUUAUCUGUUGCCAGAGUGCUUCAAAAAUAUCACAGCCACCAGAAGUCUUCUUGCUAAACUCAUCUCUCCUCUUGAAAUGAUUUCCUACCCUGAGCCUCUGUUUCCUUGAAGGAAUUCCAGAUGAGUAUUUGAGCUAUACUUCCUUCAGCUGCUCUGAGCCUUUCACUUUCCUCUGAAGCUGAUUCUUGUUGGACUGAAUUUGUCACACUUUAUCAUCCCAAACUGUUGUUGUGUUUCUUUUGUCUUUCAUCCAGGCUCUGUCACACCUCAGUAAUCCUAUUUUACCUGGUUUACGGAUGGUUUUCUUACACAGACAUGCUCUGACCUGAACUCGGUGUUUGUCUGGUCUCCAGCUAAGUGAUGGAUGUGAUUUCCAUGCUGAUAACAAACCAGUCUGCUGUGAUACUGAAGUUGAGGUUUUUGAAAUCCUUUGAGCUCUUGACGAGCUGAAAGACCCCGGGCGUUUUCAGCAUGGCAGUUGGCAGCGCUCCUCCCUUCCCUCCCUUUACUUUUGAUGCUUAGAUUACCAAAUCAGGGAAACAGUAACUUCUAAGUAUGAUUUUUUUUUAAAUGAAUACAUGGACUGCGUUGUUGUUUUUUUUCUAACUGGGAAGACUGGUAUUGGGCCUUGCACUUCAGUAGCUAUUCCGUGAUAUUCUAGCAAAUUGCUUGGGAAAAUACAGGUAUGUCACAGAUACAGCAGUUCUUAACAAACUAAUUUGAUGUUUCUUGCACAUGAUUGUGGUGCUCAGGUUUACUUCUUCUGUUUAGUUCUGUGCUUUUUGGUGUCUGUUGCCUCUCCCCCUCCUGGUAGGACUAAGUUGUUGCUUUCUGUGCCCUUUCUCCAUCUUCAGUGACUUCUGCCAUUUUAAUUUCAUUCCUCUCACUUCUCAUUCUUGUCUUUUUUCUCUACAGGCACUUUAUUACCUUCACAACUUCAAGCAGUGUAUAUAUAGUUAGAUGUUUUCCAAUUCCUUUAAUACUUCCGUCCAAGUUGACAUAGACUCAUCUUUCCUUUUGCCUAUUAGAUGGGACUGUAUCAGUUGCCUACUUGAAGUUCAGAUAUAUAUUGUCCACAGUAAAGUAUAAAUAUGAAACAAUCUCCAGAAUUCACUCAGACCAUUUAAAACAAACAAAAAGAGCUCAUAAAUUCAGUCCUUUUACAGCAGGUUAUUCACUGGCAGCCUCCCAUGUGAAAUAGUGUGUUUGCAAGUGUUGGACCAUGGUCAACAGAGGGACAAGGUAGUAACAUUAUUUUUCUUUCGUGUUUUGCUUGCACUUAACAUUGGAAGCAGUAUGGAUUAGUGCAGUUGUUGUUUCUGGUUAGUGUGUUGGUUUUUUCACAUGAGUUUUUGGGAUGGGUGGUGCGUGGGUUUUGAGGUUGGACUUGAUGGUCUUGAGGGUCUUCUCCAACCUGAGCAGUUCAGUGACCCCGUGAUUGCAUUGCGUUGUGCAUGGAGCCACGUACUGCUGCGUAUUGCCGUGUCGUUCACCCAGGGCCUGGGAUCACCUUUUGCAGCCAGAGUAGCUUUUUGACUUUAAGUUGUUUUACAUUUGAAGGUGAUUAAAAGAAAACUUGAAAUGAAAGGACUUCUCUAAAUAGAUACAAUAAUGAAAAUGGAUUGGAUUUUGAAGUUCCCAUCUUUCAGUAUUAUCCACAGAGCUUUCUUUCUUUUUGGCUUGUGCAUGAAUUCAUGUUGAGACUUGAAGCUUUUGACUUAUUUCUUGGUUCUCUGGGGCCAGAGCCCUGCUUGUUCUUUGGAGAGGGGACACGUCGCAUUUUAUCCCUGUUGCCAUACAAACCAAGAAGCAGAAAUCCUUCUGUGCUGGGAUCCUGCCGUAGUGUUAGCAGCGCCAUUCCAAAUGCCAUCAGCAGCAGCUCCUCCUUCCUCUGCCAUCAGGGUGGCUCGUGGGGCUGAGGGCAGCGCGUCCUCCUGCGCCAGGGGCUCUCACUGGGGGAGCACCUGGAAGUCAGGCAUCACACUCUGCGUGACAGAGUGCUGUCACCGUGGGCAGAGCCACCAAGGACAGGCUUCUACCUUAAAACAAGUGCGGGAGUGACAGAUUCAAACCAGGUUUAGUUCAACAGCGGUUCUGUCAAAGGGUGACAAUUAGAAGUGGGUUAUGUCCACGGGGAGCACUGUUUUUUUGACAGAUGGCCUUGGCUGUCUCCCCCUUGGUCUCUGUGAUCUUCCCAAGGCUCGUAAAAGCCCAGGAAGUGUGAAAUAUGUGCAGUACUUUUUUAAUUAUUUUUUUUUUUCUUAGUGUCGAUUUAAAAAGUGCCUAAGUGAGUAACAGGACUCCAGAGUGAGCUGGAGAAAUAGGAUUAGACCUCAUUCCCUCCUAAGAACAGAGCCCUCGCUGCGCUCCCUCCGGAGGAGCAGUGGGAGUCUGUAGCCCUGCAGAAUCCAGCAGGGAAGAAAUCCCUUUCCUCAUGCUGCUCCCCUCAUUCUCCAACCUAAAACUUGUUGGUGGGGAACUUCUUAACAGACAGUGUUUCUCAGCCAAACCGUGGCAAUCUCUGUUUUAGGGUGGAUGGGAAGGAGGGGGAAGCUCGGGCGGAAUUUGGUAGGAAACUGCUUCUGGGAUUCCAGAUGCAAAUGGCUUUGUGCAUUCAUCUUGCAUCUCUGGAUAACCCUACAUCUGCGGUUCUGGGUAGGAGUGGCUGAUAUCCAUAAUUACCCCUUCUUGGAAUCACAGAGGUGGUUUCUUCCUUUAUUCUUAAUUAUUUCUAGGCUCGUUAGAGUGGCACCUGCUAAACAUUUUGUCAAAAUAAUGUAAUGAUUGGCAGGUGGUUAUAACCUUGUAAAAACGAGAAUUUUAAGUGCGUAAAACAAAAGAUAUCAAUACUAGUUUAAAAAGUUGCAUUUAAGAAUUUCUUCUGACCAUAGCAAAAGGAAAUAAAAUAAGGGAACGCUGGUAAGGUGUGUUGGUACCACUGGAGGGUUCCGAAAAUGAAAGCAACCCAUACAUAGAUGUUUUAUUUUUCAUGAGUAACUAAGUGUUGUUUUCACCGUGACGACUUAAUUACAUGUGAGUUGGGAAAGCCUAGGAAAUUUGGCAAGAGAAGCUGUAAGGAUAUCUCUUCUGCAGAGAAUGGAAAGGGAGCUUGUAGGAUGUCGAUGGGUGUUGGUCUAAGCAAUGAUCAAAGGAGAAUCUAUUGCUGGAGUGCUGAUGAGAACAAAGUGCUUGUGGAGCCCGUAGUACACGCAGACCGUUGGAUGUCGUGCUGUCCCCCUGCUCCAGAGAUGCCUUUUUUUAACUGUGAUUUUUUUCCUAAACGAAGUGAUUGUCGAUAAUGGUGGUUGUCAUUGAAAAGAGCUUAGCAGCGACUGUGUCCAACCCAGAAGUGAAAAGGCAACGGAACAGUACGGGGGGCACAGAAGGAGGGUGAGGAAAGCAAAGUCCCCAGGCUGUCUGUGAUGUGCUAAGGGUUGGGGUUUCCAUUUUGGGGUUUUGUGCACCCUCGUUUUGUUCCGCCGUCACGUUGGGAUGGGAGUGCCGGGCCAGCUGUGUGCCUCAGAGCACUCUGGUGAACAUGAGUUGUCGUGGUCUCAUGCGUGCGGGGCAGCUGCAGUGCCCUGCAAUUCCUCCCCACGUCUCCACACGCAUCAGUCAGUCGGGAUGAGCUGUGCCAGCUCUGCUGGUCCCACGGCUCCCAGCGCUCCCGUGGGUCCGUCCCUUUGCCGCUGCCUCCACCCAUGGCCUCAUUCCUCACACCAUGUGCCCCGCCGCGAGUCGCACCCGUGUCUCAUCUGCUGUAGGUGUUGUGCCUACCUCAAGAGGUAAACAUGGUAUCCUGGAGUCACACCUUCACUCUCUGUUCUUUUUUACAUGAGCACUAGCGCGCGCACACACUGGAAUGUAUAUUCUCCCCUCACCCCAAAUAACCUCGUGACCUGAUCCUUGCUGUAGCCACCACCAACUCCUCUUGCAAAUUGGAUGCUGCUUUAAAUGUGAAAACAAAUGUUCAAGAAGCUAUAAAACCUGAAUGAAAGCUAAAGCUGAAUUUAUAAAGCCUUGUUGCGUAUGAGCCAAAAGUGCAAAAAGCUCUAUAUAAUGAACUAACCUGCCACUCAUAUAAAUAUAAAUAUAUAUAAAUAUAUUAAAAUCAGACUGUUCUACAAAAUUGUGUAUUUGUAUUUUUGUGUACGUACAAUUUUCUGCUAAGCAGAAGGAGGAUGUAGUAUAGGAUGAUGUGAGAAGAGAUUUUGUUUAAUCAUAUUUCUUUGUUACUUAUUUUUGUUAACAUCCAGAUGCCUGUCUUUGUCUUCUGUGUAUGACACUGUUCCAAAGGUGCAGUAUCCCUCUCCCGCCGCGUCCCACCCCUCUCCUGCCUCGCUGGGUGAUGCUCCUCGCCAUGGCAGGGCCGUCAGCAUGCCCAGCUCUCCGCUUUGCUCAGCCCAUGGGGUACGUACAUCCCUGGCAUUUAGCGGGUGUGCUGUGCGUUGUUGUUUGCCACCCGGUGGGCUCUCACCCGCCUGUUCUCUGUAGUAUCUUUGCUAUGGUCCUAGGCCUGAAAUUUCAGGGAAGAAACAAGUAUUGGUGCAGACUGGGAGGGAGGAUGAGCAGUACAUAGGCAGUCAAGGCAGAGAGGCGGCAUUGUGCAUUACAGGGAGCGAAUCUCAGGUACCACCAGCAUGCUGCAGUGCACUGCCGCGCAACCCCACCUUCCCCACAGCUGCCAAAGUGGUUUUGCUGUCAGGAGGGUGGGUGGGCGGGCAGCAGUGCCGGCGGGGCUUCAGUGCAACCUGCAUGCAUUGCAGCGAGUGGUGGAGCAGCCGUGGCGUCCCUGUUCUCAUGGCUCGGUGCCCUUCUGGUAAAGGUACUGAUGUUCAGGAAGAGUUUUUCUGAAGUCUUCUCUAAGUCACUGCAGUUAGCUGUGAGAUGCUGAUCCAUCCCUGGAUGUGUUUAAAAUCAUUUGGAUGUGGUGCUCAGGGACAUGAUUUAGCGGAGGGUUGUUAGAGUUAGGGUAGUAUGGUCAGGUUGUGGUUGGACUCGAUGAUCUUGAAGGUCUUUUCCAACCUGAGCGAUUCUGUGAUUCUAUGAGUGGGUCUGCUCCAUGUUUUGCUGCAAGGAGAGAGGGGAGUCAUUUUGUCACUUGGUGAUGGUCCUUAGGGGUUAUAAAGUGGAGAACUGCCCAGGGAAGGCCCAAGCAGAGCUGUGUAGAACAGGCUGCGGUGGAGAAUAACACAAAGCUCUGCAAUUUGGGUGAUCCGAAUUUCCCUUCCCCUUCCUUGCUGCAAACUCCUGAAGGCAAACGGGUUCUUUCUGCGCACUCCCAUCUACAGAAUGAAGGUGAUAGUUCAUGUUUGUCCCAUCUUCCUCAGGCAGUAGGUGCUUCAGAAGUGUCAGCUCCUUCCCUCGUGCCCUUUGCGCUCUUUUUGUUUUUGUUUUGAUUUCUAACAUUGUCUGAACCGAAUUCUGGUCCAGGGAGAGCGAUACUGCACCUUUCCAUGUAGGGCUCAUAUUUAUAACAGUGUGUAAUGACUGUAGCAAAAGUCCUUGUUUCUGUAUGUGAAUGGACAGAGAAACAAGUGCUCUAUUGUAUUGAUUAAAAUAGUUAAAAUGAGUCCUGUAUCAUUGUAUCUCCUAUUCUGGAUUAGUGCCUUUUGGACAGUAGACUGUUCUGUAAUUAAAAUGUAGUAUAACUGCUUUUUUGUACAGUUUUGUUUUAAUAAAACUUUUUUUUAAUUUGUGUUUAUUUUAGUAUUGUACCUCUUAGAAAAUAAAAAUGUAUAACUCAACAAA